AUGCACAGCCCGGGAAAACCCUCGUAUUGGAUAGAGGUAGAAGACUGGCACACGGCCGGCGAACCAUUCCGGGUCGUGCAUAACCUGCCGGCCGGCCACCUCCCGGCCUCGCCCACGGUCGCCCAGAGACGCGCCGACAUCACAGCGACCCCGGGCCACCCCCUCGACGAGCUCCGCCGACUGCUGUGCCACGAGCCCCGCGGCCAUGCCGGCAUGUACGGCGGCUUCAUCACGCCGCCGGACGACUCUGGCGCCCACUUUGGCGUCUUGUUCUGGCACAGGAACGGCUUCUCCACCGCCUGCGGCCACGGCACCAUCGCCCUCGGCUACUGGGCAGUCUUUCACCGCAUCGUCGUGGUGCCGCACGCCGACGGGCCAGUCGACGUGGUGGUCGACGUGCCCUCGGGCCGUGUGGUGGCGCGCAUGGCCGUGGAAAAGGGGAAACCCGUACACGCAGACUUUAUCAACGUGGCUAGCUUUCAGCUCACGGGGCCGGUGUAUCUGACACUCCCCUCGUGCGGCGUCGACGUCCUUGUGGAUUUGGCCUUUGCCGGCGCCGUCUACGCCAGUCUGGACGCGGCGCAGUUUGGACUAGAGAUUGAGCCCGGGAACGCGCAGCGCUUUGUUCAGCUCGCGAGGGAGGUUGAGGCGCUGCUCGGCACUAGAGCGCGUUACGGUUCGUAUGGCCUCUACGGGGUGAUUUUCUUCAGCGAGGAGGAGAAUGGUCCAGGCGCAACGCGUGCCAUCUACCAGAGAAACGUGACCAUAUUUGCAGAUGGAGAGGUUGACCGUUCCCCCUGCGGCUCUGGGACUUGCGCCAGACUCGCCCUCUUGCUUGCGCAGGGCAAGCUGGGCCCCGGGUCCUCGAGGCUCGUGCAUCGGUCCAUCAUAGCGUCGACGUUUGAGGCGGACAUUGUGUCUGCGGUAGCGAGUCCCGUCGACGGAUUCCCGGCGUGUAUUGCACGCGUUAGGGGGCGGGCCAACUUGGUUGGGCAGACCAGGUUUUUCAUUGACCCAGACGAUGAAGUCUUUCCUGGCUUUCUAUUAUGA